GUGGCCGCGGCAGCAGCCCCGAAGGCUGGGUCCGCGCAGGUAAGGGGCUCGCGCCUGCCUUUCUGCAGCUCCCGGGACGCGGCCUCUGACGGGGAAGCCGCGCGGGCGAGCGGGGCACCCGGGCUGCUCCUUGCUCUUGCGAGGAGGGCAGAGGUGUCCGCUGCCAACAGAACCCGGGAUCCUGAGCGGCCGGGAAGGGAAGCCAGUGGAGCUGCCGGUUCGGGAGUCAGAAAGGAGUCACUGAAGUGUCCCGCAGAGACGCAUUCUUCCUCAGAGGGACUGCCUGAGUCUUCAUGCAGCCAUGGAUCCGGAUAAACCAUCUGUCUGGGGCUCAUUAAAGCAGCGGACCAGGCCUUUGUUGAUCAACCUGAGCAAGAGGAAGCUGAAGAAGACCUCGAGCAAAACCCUGGAAUUACGGGCCCAGCAUCACCUGGACCGCCGCCUGAGCCUGUCCGUCCCGGACCUCCUGGAGGCUGAGGCCCUGGCCUCCGAGGGGCGGCCUUACUGCGGCCCCCAGUCAUCCUACACCUCGGUGCCCAGCAGCCUGUCGACGGCUGGCAUUGUUCCCAAGAGCAGCAGUAGCUCUUUGAAACAGUCUGAGGAAGAACUGGAUUGGAGUCAGGAAGAAGUGGGCCCCUUCCACAUGGAAACAGACUCUGAGGAGACCUUCACGUCUCCUGCCGAGGACAGGAGGGCUUCCAGCAACGGCACCUUGGGUCUGCUCCAGAAAACGCCCUCUGCAGAGGAUGCCUCUGAAGGGCCAGAGCUCUGUGGAAGUGGGGAUCUGAAUGCUGCUCUGACAUCUCAGCAUUUCAAAGAGCAAUCUGGUCUCAGGGAAGCUGGCGAUGGCUUGAGUAACCUGCCCAGCCCUUUUGCCUACCUCCUCACCAUCCACCUGAAGGAAGGUCGGAACCUGGUGGUCCGGGAUCGCUGUGGCACGAGUGAUCCCUAUGUGAAGUUUAAGCUGAAUGGGAAGACCCUGUACAAAAGUAAAGUCAUAUAUAAGAACUUGAACCCAGUUUGGGACGAGAUAGUCGUGUUGCCAAUACAAAGCCUUGAUCAAAAGCUGCGUGUGAAGGUAUAUGAUCGAGAUUUAACUAUAUCUGAUUUCAUGGGUUCUGCAUUUGUCAUUUUGAGCGAUCUUGAGCUUAACAGAACGACUGAGCAUAUCUUAAAAUUGGAAGAUCCAAACAGUUUAGAGGAUGACAUGGGAGUGAUCGUAUUAAAUUUGAACCUAGUAGUAAAACAGUGUGAUUUCAAGAGACACCGUUGGUCAAAUCGGAAGCGGUUAAGUGCCAGCAAGUCCUCUUUGAUACGCAACCUCCGGCUCUCAGAGUCCUUGAAAAAGAACCAACUCUGGAAUGGGAUUAUAAGUAUAACUUUGUUGGAAGGAAGGAAUGUCUCAGGCGGAAGCGUGGCAGAGAUGUUUGUCCAGUUAAAACUGGGAGAUCAGAGGUAUAAAAGUAAGACACUGUGUAAGAGUGCAAAUCCGCAGUGGCGGGAACAGUUUGACUUUCACUACUUCUCUGACAGGAUGGGCAUUUUGGACAUUGAAGUGUGGGGAAAGGACAGCAAAAAGCACGAGGAACGUUUGGGCACGUGUAAAGUGGAUAUCUCAGCCCUCCCACUCAAGCAAGCCAACUGCUUGGAGCUGCCAUUGGAAAGCUGCCAGGGGACCCUUCUGAUGCUGGUCACCCUCACGCCCUGUUCAGGGGUCUCAGUCUCAGAUCUGUGUGUGUGCCCCUUGGCAGACCCCAGCGAGAGAAAGCAGAUCGCCCAGCGCUUUUGCUUACAGAACUCCCUGAAAGAUAUGAAGGACGUCGGCAUUUUACAAGUGAAGGUUUUAAAGGCGGUAGAUCUCUUAGCAGCAGAUUUCUCAGGGAAGAGUGAUCCCUUUUGCUUGCUGGAGUUAGGAAAUGACCGACUUCAGACACAUACCAUAUACAAAAACCUCAACCCUGAGUGGAACAAAGUUUUUACAUUUCCCAUUAAAGAUAUCCAUGAUGUUUUGGAAGUGACAGUGUUUGAUGAAGACGGAGAUAAACCUCCUGAUUUUCUUGGAAAAGUUGCCAUUCCCUUGCUGUCAAUUCGAGAUGGACAAACAAACUGUUACGUGCUGAAGAAUAAAGAUUUAGAACAAGCUUUUAAAGGAGUUAUUUACUUGGAGAUGGACCUCAUAUAUAAUCCGAUCAAAGCAAGUAUUCGGACCUUUACUCCUAGAGAAAAGCGGUUUGUUGAAGAUGGCCGCAAGCUGUCCAAAAAGAUCUUAUCCAGAGAUGUAGACCGAGUGAAGAGACUCACCAUGGGUAUAUGGAAUACAAUACAGUUCCUUAAAAGCUGCUUCCAGUGGGAAUCCACGCUGAGAAGUACAGUAGCAUUCAUGGUGUUUCUAGUCGCUGUCUGGAAUUUCGAACUCUACAUGAUCCCUCUGGCUUUAUUGCUGCUCUUUGUCUACAAUUCCAUCGGACCCACGAGAGGGAAGGUGGGCAGCAUCCAGGACAGCCAGGAGAGCCCUGAUGUGGAUGAGGAGGACGAUGAAGAUGACAAGGAAUCUGAGAAAAAGGGCUUAAUUAAAAGAAUCUACAUGGUACAGGAUAUUGUCUCAACUGUUCAAAACAUCUUGGAGGAAUUAGCCUCUUUUGGAGAAAGAAUUAAAAACACAUUUAACUGGACGGUCCCAUUCCUCUCAUUCCUGGCCUGUUUGAUACUGGCAGUUGCCACCAUCACAUUGUAUUUCAUUCCACUCCGGUACAUCAUUUUAAUCUGGGGCAUAAACAAAUUCACUAAGAAGCUUCGAAACCCCUAUGCCAUUGACAAUAAUGAGCUUCUGGACUUCCUCUCCAGGGUACCAUCUGAUGUUCAAAAGGUGCAGUACGCGGAGUUGAAGCCGGGCAGUAGCCAGAGCCCUGUUCGGAAGAAGCGCAACGCGCUCUAGGACACACACGGACUCUGGACACCAGCAGCCGAUGGCGUGUUGGACUGAUGGGACUGGUGUUCUCUGUCGUUUGGUAGUAGCCGUGGUGUUUUUCUGAAACGCAUGCCAUGUCGAGCCCUGUCUUUAUCCUCCCUGUCUUCAUGGCAUAGAUGCACGUGCCCACGGGCACAUCUGUGUGCAGGGGAAAUCGACUUUGCAUCUGGAGUCAGCACCGCAAAAGGAAACACUCCAGAGACUAUAAAAGACUAACAUCCCUUCUUCCAACGGGAGACUAAAGUAAGCUUCCAGGGGUCUCAGCACCCUCCUUGAGAACAGCAGGGUGCCACUUGGAUGCGAGCAUGACUUUGAACUUGUUUUCACAUCUCUAACAGUUUCACAUCAAGAUUCAGUUACCUUCGCUCGCACCCCCACCCUCCUUUCAGACGAUUGCUUUUUUUUUUUUUCCCUCUGAGUUAACAAGUCCUUGAUAGCCACCAUCUACCCAAAUAAUGUAUAUUAUCAAUAAAUUUUUUAAAAUUAUUACCUGGAUCAUCCCAGUUCUUCGGGGAUCUUUCAGCCAUAACAACUGAAGACCUAGAUGUAAAAUUUCAGUAAGCUGCUUAGUGCUGGAUGCCAGCCUGCCUCCUGGUCCAUUGCUGGCAAUGGAUGCUCUAGAGUGUUCUGAGAGGUCAGUCGCCCAAAACGUGGAGUCAGUGAACAUAUUUGGGUGCUUCAAAUAGCCACUUCUUCUGAUGUUACUUUUUGCUUAUUUCCCAAAUGUAAUCUCAGUAAUAUAGCUUGAGAAAGAGGAGGGGGGGUGAAUGAGUAAAUUCUGAGAGUAUUUAGAAAGACAGACGGAGGAGCAGGGGACCAAUGAAUGCGGCUGCUUGUCUGAAUGUCAUAAUCCCUUCACUUGCCUGCACUUUUAGGAAAGUAAAAAUGGUGUAGCAAUCCACGUGGAUCUUUUGUUCCUAAGCAAAAUAAGCUAUACAUAAUAAAAACAUAUAACUCAGAACCCCAUUCCUAGAAAGGUACGAUCCCCAAAGUCUUUUUGAGUAUACACUUUACCAUUUCGCUGUAACCUCCUCCAAGUAAAUAUCCCAGUUUUUGUGCAUAUAUAAAAUGAAUGCAAAUAUCUUUCUGUUAAAAUGAUAUUUAAGUUGUGAAGACUAUAUUUUGUUGACACAUACUUUGUAUGUGCAGUUUUAUAUGUAUAUAUCUAUAAAUAUAUGUAUUGUAAAGAAAAAUUGAAGUAAAACGAUCUGAUUCA